UCGGGUAUACUUUCAAGUAUUUCACUGCUGAAAAUAUGGUACUUUCAUAAAACUGUGCUGUCUAUGCGUUAGAGGCCCACAGCUUGACUCUAGGCCUCUUCCACAUGCUGUAAUUUCUCCGCACUGUAUUCUGGCUCAUAUUCUAAGUAGGCCAGGCCUGAAUGUCCGAUUCCAGCAUUGGGCUACACUAUGCCCCUCGCUCUUCAUGCAGGCAUACAAAAAAAAGUGGAAGUACAGUCUGUAGUUUGAACAACCCGAAAGUCACGUCGACUGACGGGAGUACUGCUGUGAACUCUGGGUGCUCGUAACAUGGAGGGAAGUUAAUCUGUUAAUACUACCCACAUUGUAAUUAUACAAAGCUUGUUGAAAAUCUGCAAAUUUUCCCUCAAGUGGUCAGAAAGGAAAGUUGGGGCAGUUUGGGUGCGCUGUACCUGUUCAUGUAGAGUACUCGGUGGAACAAUAUUGUGUUCACAAUAGGGAACGAUAUAAACUAAAUACAGUCCAAUAGGUUUUAGAAUACAAUCUGAGUGUUUCACCAUUAUGAGCAAAAGUCUGUUUUAACAGUAACAAAAAUUUAUAGAAAUUGACUCGCUCUCCUGUUACUUGACCAUGUUUGCUGAGUAGAAAAGGGUCAUCAAUGAAAGUGUUUUAUUUUUGAAUAAUAAAACUGACUUGUUUGAGCAUGCAUAGUCGGUUUGCCUUGGCUGCACAUGAGCAACGUAUAUUUAAACUGAAUUUCGAAUGGUUGAGUCAACCGUUCUCAGUCAAAACCUUUAUCUGGAAUUACAACAGGUCUAAGCCUGCAAGAAAAGAAAAGGGAGUGGAUCCGCUUCAGCUGCUACACAUUCCACAUUGCCAUGAAAUAUUUUUUAUGUUGAAACGUUGAGUUUUAAUAAGCAGGGGUGUCGCAUUUAUACUCUUUUAAAAGGCAUGUCAUUGCAAAAUGUUUACAUGAUUCUUGUAUCUUUGCAGUAUGAACUUGCUUUGGGGAUGCAUCACAUUUUCAUACUAUGUGGAUUGCUUAAGGUGGUGCAGGCUGUGCUUUUCCAUUUUUCCACAAGCCUGUUGAAACAUGCUCAUACAACAGCAUGCAGGCACUAGAGUGAAGACUUACUUUAUCCCUUCUAAUUGUCUUUGGUUAGAAUUACGUUACCAAAAUUAGAGACUAAUGCAGAUUUACAAUUUCCCUUCUGUUGAAAGGAAGCCUGUUAAGAUCAUGAAAAAUAAAUUAAAGGAAAUGAUAGCUUUCAUGAAUCUGCAAAAACGGAUCAUCUGCAUGUAGUUUUCUUUUCCCAUGGUCUUUCAGGAUCAGACAUGUCUGUGCACUGACAACAGACUAGACGUUGCAGCACCAGAAGAGAGAGAUGAAAUGAUAGGAGGUAGACAUUAACUUAUGACGUUAUUCAGCAUCCUUAAAAAUCAUUCUCGAGCCAUAUACUGAAAAACCCAAACUUGUAUUUGUGAUUUAUGCUGUAGCAUUGCAUUCUCACAGGGUUACUGGUUGUUUACUGACCUACAUUUUUAUUGCCUGCUGUUUUCAAUUGUCGCAACGUCAACUGCACAUGAUUAUUGUCUCUCGCAAAACAAGUUUUACAGAUACUUUUACUGGCAUCACUACUUCCUUAAAAUACCCUUGUCCAACAAAUAAUCUUUUCAUCAUGAAGACAUAUUUGAGCAAACUACCAUUGCAAAACAAGUCACACUUUUGCUGCAUUCAUACCACAACUUAGUAGUUUAUAUUCUUUUGCAAUUUCACAAUCCUGCGUUUUUCUAUGCACCGAUGCAGUAAAGUGAAGACAUUUUGUAAGUAAGUCUAGUAGGUCUUAUCAAGCUAUGAAAUUAUGAGGUGAUCAUCGUCCUCAAAUAGCUGAAAGAACGUAAAUGACCAGAAACGCGGUGAGAAUUGUCUGUUUUUUAAUGUUAUAACACAGUUACUGCAUUUGAAAUGUCCUUUUCUUUUUGUUUGUGGAAACGGAAAAACAUUUUCUCAGUUAACUCAAGUAGUAUUUAGGAUCUAUUUUCAGUGUCUGGAGACACUUGCUAUGUGUACUCCAGUAUAAUGGGGUGGAUACAGUAUUAAUAGUUAAUUAAAACUCAACAGCAAUGCCUUUUCCUAAGAAACGGUGUCCCGGGCUAUCAUUCUUUCUCAUUCUUCAGUGUCACUAAUCACUGCAGAUACAAUUUUACUGAUAGAAUUAUGUAAACAGCGACACCUACCGGCUACAGUAUAUAUUACAACAAAUUACAUUGCAGUACUACUUCUCUCACAUAGGGGGCGCCAAAUACCAGCUAAACUCCAUAGGGGGAGGGGCGAGCGCUUCCGCUGCUGGUCGAUUCAUUGGGCUAACUAAAGUCCAUCAACAAGCUAGUUAACGUUAGCUGUGAGCGAUACGAUGAACGCUAUUAGUGAUGCUCUGGCAUCAAGAAAACAUGGACUAGCUAACUGAGAUGUAUUCCGCUGUAUUGACAAUCAUUGCCUAGGUGAGGACCAUUUCAGGUGGUCGUAAUUAGCUGCUUCAUUCAUGCGGUCGCUGGUGCACCGCGGAGUUUGAGCUCUUGAGUGUCGGGCAAGCUUAGUCAUCAAGCUCGCUGGGGACGACUGGAACAAGACGGCUCACUCACCGAGAAGGAGCAUGGUGGUCCCGGACAGUGCCAGUGUGGUCCCCCAGGCUGACAAUGGCAGUCCCACUGGCCCCCUGGAGAGCUCCACGCCUGGGUGCGGGGAGGAAGAAGAGGGGGGUCCGGACCUGGCAGGGGGGGGGCUGGAGGAGGUACGAAAGCUGCAGGAGCUCGUUCGUAGGUUGGAGGUCCAGAACGAGACCCUGCGCAACAGGGGGAGCAAGACCAUCGUCCACAGAGGAGCCGGCAGCAACAGCAACCUCACAGACGCUGUGUAUGUCAACGAGAGGCUGACUUGCGAGGAGGUGACCAACUCCCACCUCAGAUUGGAGCACGGUGGCGAGCUGAGCACAACAGACUUUGAGCUGUCGCCCACUCAGGACAGCAGCAGCAGCUUUGAAGACAUGUCCCCUCUGCCCAUGGCCAACAGGCUGGAGGAAGAGGAUGAAGAGGAGGACCAGGGUCCGUGUGGGGGUUUUCUCAACUUGACCUGCAGCAACGGAGCGGCACAGUCCCUGCAGACCUCAGAGAGCCCCUCUCUGGAAAGUUAUGAGUCGGAGACACUUGCGGAGAGCGACUCGGGGGCGGACCAAACUGCACUGGAUGAAGUGGACGUCCUAGAUCUGGAGGAUGAGUGUGCAGACGUGGAGGACGAGGACAGUUGGUUGUAUGUGUCUCCAAAAAAGCAAGUAGACAAUCAAGGCCCAGAGUCUCCGUUGAAGUGGUGUCGGCAGGCUCUUGACCAACGCAGCCCCGAGACAGAAUUAGCUUGCCGGACCCUGAUCAGCCGCUUGGACCAGACGUCUCGAUGGAGGAGCAUGUACAGUAGCCCAUCAGCAGAGGCAGGCUCGACCGGCUCAGGCCUGAUCUCUCCUGGGUACCACAAAUCAACUAACAAAUCCCUACUAACCUGUGGCAGCUCAGGUUUCCCCACCGUGCGCUCUGCCCUGAGCUCGCAGUCCUCCAUAGAUAGCGAGCUCAGCACAUCCGAUGACUCCAUCUCUAUGGGCUAUAAGCUGCAGGAUCUCACUGAUGUCCAGAUCAUGGCUCGCCUGCAGGAAGAGAGUCUGAGGCAGGAUUUUGCCUCCAGCUCAGCAUCCGCAUCACGCCGCAGCUCCACGGCCUCGCUACAAUCCCUGCGCCGGGGCGGCACCUACAGCGAUCAGGAGUUUGACAGUUACAGCCUGGAGGACGAAGAGGACGAGUUUUGCUCCAUGCCCCAGCGACGACAUCGCUUCACCCCUUCGCCGUUAGGCUCACCCCGGUGCUUGUCCCCCUCCACCUCCAAUCACGGUCAGGAAUACAGCAGCCGACUCGGGGCUCCACGCACAAGAGCACCCAGACGAUCUCUCCAGGGCCCCAGUGCAGAGCUGAUUCAAUUUGCCAAGAGCGAGGAGGAGUUGAGGCACAGCAUGCCUAAUCUGGCCCCCCGCACCAGCCUACGUUCCCUGGAGGCAGUCAGAAACAGUCGCAGCAUGGAGGCUAACCUCCAGAGCUCCGGCAACCGCAUGUCCCACCUGACUCACUCCCCCUCCACAGGUAUGGCUUCUAGUCGACUGCGUGGCAGCGGCCAGUCACCUCUCUCCCUGCGGACUCCAGUUAAAGCUGUGACUCCUGUGGGCUCCAUGGCAGCUGGUCGUCAGCCUUCCAGAGGUCUGCCUGUUGUCCAAGCGUCGUCGGCAGGCGGGGGCCGCAGGGUCCAGUCACUAGGCUCUGCCAAUGGCGGAGCCUACAUACCCGGGAGAGGCUCCACUGGGGCAGGGAGGGCUGCCGUGGGUCGAGGACAGGCGUCUACCAGGAGUAAACUCUCACAGCCCCCACGGAGGUCUUUUGGCAUGACUAAAAUGUCAGAUGAAUCCUGGAAAGAUGGUUGUUACUGAGCCCGGCCGGUGAUGAAGGAUUGUCCACUGCUGCAACCCUCACCUGACCUCUUCCCUUUACCUCUCAUAGUACCCUCGAGGAACACAGCCACUGUGUCCACACGUGUCGUACAACCUUUCGGUCCCCAUUUCAGACUGGAGCGCCGGGCUGCACUGGAUUCGCAGCCGAGACUCGUCUCUUUCCCUCGCAUGAAACAUUGUCAACCCACACACAGAGGAUGUGUAGGCAGACGGGAAGGCACACAUGCACACUCCACUUGUGAUAUAGACCAACUCUGAGCUUCCAGAAGAUUUGUCUGUGUCAAUUUUACUUAUUUUUCUAUGGUAAUUAUGAAAAAACUGCUGGAAUAUGGGUUGUAUCACUGUUCUCUUGCUGUAAUUGAUAUGAAGAAAAUUUAAAUUAAGUUAUAGGUGGUUUGUUCAUUUUCUGUGCAUUCCUCCUCGAUCAAGGUGCUGAAUGUUGCAUGCUCGGUUUUGUUUUUGUAUCCUUAUCAUCAUGUAACUGCAAUAUGAUCUGUGUGAAGUUAUGAAUGUUUGAUUGGUUUAUUGUGUAAUUAUCUUUAGAUUUGUGUUUUGCUCUUUGCUGACACAGCAAUGCAACUCCUGUAAAUCACACUGCCCUUAUAGAUCAUUUUAAAAAAAAAUAAAAAAAUGAAAAUAUGGUUUGUGCCAAGGCGCAUUUCAGCUGCAAAACUCUUUCUAAUACCAGACGAAUCUUGAAUCAAUAAAGGUACUGUUAUGGUACUGCAUUUUUACUGCAUAUCAAUAUUUGGUUGAGUAUGCUUUUGGAUACCACUGUAAUAAAGAACAUGUUUAUGCACUAAGGCCUUGUGCCUUAAGACAGCUAUGCACCCUCAUGCAGAGUGCUUCUGACAAUUAGGAGCUGUAAUGCAAAUGAAUAAUAAAGUCUACCCUGAAACUAUAA